UUAUGAGAGCAACCUUGAGCAGUGAGCACAAAAAAAUCUGUCCGUGAUUCGUUCGAUUGGAUUUUUAUUAAUCAUUCGCUUAUUGCGCGUUGCCGAUUUUGUUGCAGAAUUGACUAACACGUCAAACGAAACCCCACAGUUCUCGAAAAAAUACGAAGAAGUAAACAAGAUAAGCGGAUCCCGUGCAAUUUACCAUUAAAAACGUAAAAAUGCAGCUGCAGGCCAAAUAUUUGCUAAUAUGUCUGUUCGUCGGACUGUUUGCCUCGCACCGUUGUCAAGCGGUGGCGGGUGGCGGAGAAGAAGGAAAUGGAGUCACGACUACGACUACUGAGGCAGCCACCACUGUAACCGUGCCACCGGCACCCGAUGACAAGAAUACAACAAGCACCGAGAAGCCGAUAACAACAACAACAGCCGUGCCGCCAACAACUGCUCCAAAUACAACAACAACGGUAGCACCAAUAACAACAACCACGGAGGCAACAACAACUUCAUCGACGCCGAAACCAACACCGCCGCCCAUCACAACAACAACAACAACAACAACACCAGCUCCAAUCACUACACCGUCACCAAAUACAACCACAACCGUGGCGCCAUCCACAAGCACAACUCCGCAGCCGUCCACAACGACCACGGCCAAGCCGACGCCGGUGCCUUGCGGACAUUUCGAUGGUUCGUCGUUUAUAGGCGGCAUUGUGCUAACCUUGGGUCUGCUGGCCAUCGGACUGGUGGCCUACAAGUUCUACAAGGCACGCAAUGAGCGCAAUUACCACACUCUUUGAGCCGCCAAUGCUUUUACGUCGGCCUUUAAUGCAGCAGCCGGUGCAACAGCCGUGAACAAUCCCGCCACGGAUGCCGAACGUGUGCGCUUUGUUCAGCCAUUAAUUCCGUUGCGUUCGCCGCCAGCGCAACCGCCACCACCACCACCACCAGCAGCAGCAGCAGCAGCAGCAGUAGCACCAGCAGCAUCAUCAUACUCCUCAACUGAUCCUCAAUAUCGACAACAGCUAUUGGCCGGCGAGACAACUCAACACUCAGCUAUACAAAAUAAUUCACCAUCGGCCAGAGAUCGGCUGCUGCACACGUAAUUUAACACUCGGGGUACAAUUGUAAUACAAGAAACUAUCCAAAGAGCCCCGCGAUAAACGUAAUCUUCAAAUCUAUGCCCCAGCUCCCAUCCAAACACACUCGCACUUCAUUGUGUCAGACAAAACAUUCUUCCCUUAUCAGCUAUAUAUACAUAUACUUCUCUCUAUAUAUAUAUAUGAAUUAUAAUAUGUAAAUUUCAUAUGGCUUUUAUGAAAAACAUGAAUCACGGUUUUUGCUGCAGUCUUUAAUCAGCGAACUUUAAGCGGAUGCUCGACGCCUUAUUAAAUCGGAAUGCCCUUCAGCUUGAAACUCGGCGGAGGGAAAAGAAAAUUAAAUGAAAUCUAUAUGAUAUAUAAAUGUAUAUGUAUUUAUAUUGGAAAUAGUUUAUCUACUACAAUAACAGCAAAUUAUGUGAGACUGUCGAAGAAAUGUCGCGGUACUGAAGUGUUUUGUGGCGGAGCGCAACUAAAAUGUAAUCGGAAAUAUAGAUUUUGAUUGUAUUUACAAACAGAAACUAACAAUUUUAAUAAUAACUAAAACUCAUUUAGGGUAAACAAGAGCUAACACAUUAAGUCGUCAAAUUUAUUCCGCUUUCCAAACAAACAAACAAAACAAAAAAAAAAACACAUUUGCAUUUUUGAAUAUAUAUAUAUAUAUACUUAUUUAAAGCUGAUUAACUUUCUGAUUACCACACAUAUAUAUCUAUAUAUAAAUGUCCGUGUCAAAGUUGUUGUCAUUAUUGCAAAAGCGCGAACAAAAAAAUCGAUAGAUGCACAGAAAUUUCACAAACGAAUGUGUUUGCCUUUGGGAGUCCCCCUUCUCGAUCCCAGGCAGACGAAAAAUAGAUAGAUAUAUACGGAUAUCAGCAGCUCCAUUGGAACCAAAAGAUGAAUUGAAUACUGUGAGUUAUAUAAUAUAUCUUAUUAUAUAUAUGCGUAUGUUGAAUAUUUUGUAUUUGAAACAUGAAACAUGAACAACACAUAUGAAUUAUCUAGCCCACACUUAUUGUUGGACCUACUGGAAUCCCCCCUAAUCCUCUGUGCACAAAUUAAUCUCAUAAUUACAUCUAUAUAUAUAUAUAUAUAUAUAUAGGCUUAGUGAACAAAACUUAUUGUAUAUCCAGUAAAACUCGAAACGGCUUAUUAAAGAAAUACCUAAAGCUA